GUUGACCCGGAUAUGAUUCCGUCAACAAACACGUGUGAAAGAUUCUAGCAAGCUAGUUAGCCAAGCUAAAAAACGAACAGCACCGUUUUGUGGAAAAAAAUUAUCGACAGGGUAUCACCUAGCACCACCAUGGGGAAAUCCAAACAGAUCGGAAACCACAACAGUACCAGGAAGAAGAGUAUUGGCAAGACAUGGAAGACAAAGAAUUAUAAGAAGCACUUGGACGAAAUCCAUGCAGACAUGAAGCCCUCAGCUGCAGCCAAGUUGCUCAAACAGGAGGUGGACUAUGAUGUCACUGGCAGUGCCCAGCACUACUGUUUACAUUGCGCACGAUAUUUUAUUGACGUGAAAGCCCUGAAGGACCACUUUAAAACCAAAGUGCACAAAAAACGGAUUAAGCUGUUGAAGGAUGAACCCUACACUCAGGCAGAAGCAGAUAGAGCUGCAGGUAUGGGUUCUUAUAUACCUCACAAAACCGUAGAGGUGAAAACACAAGAGGUGGAAGAGAAGAUGGACUGAAUGUGGACUGCUGUUCUUUAAGAACGUCUUACUUUUUGGUGACUCUGAACUAUGGACAUUGCUUUACAUAAAUGCAUUGCCCAUAUAUAUAUGUACAUGCACCUGUAGAUAUGUAAUGUCUGUGGUGCAAAAUGUGAACUUGUUGACAGAAACAAUAAUAAACUAAAAGGAAAUUGAGUUUCUAUUUUAGACAUUUUUCUUUUCUUUUGUGUUAUUGACUAUACGUUUUGUUUUUGUGUAACUCUGUUGUCUUUGUCGCACUGCUUUGCUUUAUCUUGGCCAAGUCGCAGUUGUAAAUGAAAACUUGUUCUCAACUGGCCUACCUGGUUAAAUAAAGGUGAAAAAAAUAAUAAUUUACAAAAUAAUUUGUCAUUCUGACAGCAGGCUUGAGACAAUCUAGUGACAAAUGCAAAAUGUUUAUACAGUCUUUAUUCAAUGCCUGUGCAACCCGUAAAACAUUAAAUAUAGCUCUGAAUUUAGAAUA